AUGGGCAACGUCGGCGGCGGCGGCCCCCGCGGCGCCGUGCAGGGCAGGACGCAGCAGCUCGAGAGGCUCGAGAAGCUGGAGUCGACGGUGGGCAGCCUGCAGGCCAGAGACGCCGGCCUGCGCGCGGACGACGUGAUCAGAGCGAAGGAGGCGAAAGCGAUCCGCGAGAGUUUGCUGAGCUUGAGGCAGAGGCUCGAAGGCCUGCCGAGCGACGCAGGUCCCCGGCUGGACCGGCUCGACGAUUCGGUGCGGUCCCUCGAGGGCCGCCUGCUCGGCGGCCUGGAGCGGCUUGAGAGCCAGCAGGUCCUGCUCUCCGGCAGGCUCGACGCCCACGACCAGCAGGAGGAGCAGCUCCGCGGCCUCGUGCGCGAGGUGCGCGCGGACCUCGCCGCGCGCCUGGACGCGCUGGAGGGCCCGCGAGACGGCGACAGCGCGUUCGCCGCCGCACUGGGAGAGGUACGCGACCGCCUCUCCGCCCGGCUGGACACCCUCGAGGCUUCGGCCGAGGACGGCGGCGCCGAGCGCAGCGCCCUGUGGGCCGCGCUGGAGGACGUCCGCGGCGGCCUCUCCGCCAGGCUGGACACCCUGGACAGCCCAGUCGACGCCGGCCGGCUGUCGGGCGUGAUCGAGGAGGUGCGCGACGGCCUGGCCGAGAGGCUGGGCGCACUCGAGCGAUCCGCGGCCGCGCGGGCCGAGGAGAUCCGCAGCAGAUUGGAGGAGACGCAGCAAAGCCUGAUCGCCAGGCUCGACGCUGUCGAGGCCGCGGGCCAGGCGAGCAUCGUCCGGGCGCGGGACAUCGAGGAUGGCGUGUCUGACAGGCUGGCCGCCCUCGAGAGCGCCCGCGCGGGCAGCAGCCUGGAGCUGCAGGAGCUGCGGGCCGCCCUGGACGAGGUCGCGGAGGACCUGGAGGACGUCAAGGGCCGGCAGGCGGCCGGCGGCGAGGAGGCCAGCGAGCUGCGGAGGGGCGCGGACGGGACGGUCGCCAGGAGCCCGGUGCGGGGGCCCUGCCGGACGUCCUGGCCGAGCACGGCAGGCAGAUCGCAGCCCUCGAGGAGGACCUUUCCCUCCUGA